AUGCCGAAUGCUGAACCGUCAGAGUGCCUUUAUGUAUGCGACAAGUGUGCAGCUGUGAUACGACAAGCCAUUUUUGUUUGUUGCUCAAAAUGGAGCGACAGAGAUAUGUAUUUGUGUUUGGAGUGUUUUAAAGAAAUCAACUGUAUGGAUGAGAUGUCGGCAACGCAAAGUGAUGACAACGAUCAAUUAAGUGAGAUGAAGAUCAUUUUUCGUAAGCAAAGGAUUCAACGAUUACUCUCCGAGAUUGAGAAGGAAUGUGAGAAGCGCAGACUGAGAAGUGCUCGGCGUCGUUAUGACGCAAUACUGCAGUGCGAAGAAAGAUUUCGUAAAAUAAUUCAACAUGCACAACAUGUCAUAAUCAUCAAUGACUUCUAUCAUUUGUUUACAAAUCAACAUCGUUAUUUCUCGAAAUUAUCUUCAUCAAAUGAAAAAAUCUCAUCAAUGUACAGUAUCGCGAGUUGUUCAAAGGACAUUGCUGACGAUGCGCAAGUACUACGAGAACUGGCAAAUGAUCUAACGAUUGCACUGAUGAGUGCUUACGUGAAUGCAAAAGCAGUCGUUGAUAUGAUACUUCUGAUUUAUAUAUUCUUGGCAUCUCAAAUAUCACGUUUCAACACGGAUAGCGACAAUUUUUUCUUGAAUUGUUACCAUAAUACUCUCGCUACCAUGGAUUCUGCUCUGAUCUCAACUCUAAAUUCUGCGAUCAUAAACACGGGUGAUCAUCAGUUUGAUCAACUGGCAACAGACUAUUCAUUUGAUGAUGAGGAUUUUUGCACGGGUUCAGCUUUUCUCGAAGCUGAUUCAGCGGACGGGUACGCUGUGGGUCGAUUACAUUCCGUGCAUCGGCUUAUAGCCCGACCAAACCUCAAACGGUACAUUUGUACCAACGAUCAUCAGUUUUAUUAUCGUAACCAUAACGAUCACUGUCAUCUGUCAGUGGAUCACAGCCAGCAUUCACCAACAUUCAUGCAAUUCGGUGGUGACAAUAAGUAUGGUUUGAAUUCGAAGCGAGCGCCAACCAACGAUCGAGCAUAUCGUAACGUUGGUGGUGGUGGCGGCGGGGCAGCUAACUCAUCGACUAGUUAUUCAUCGCAGUCAUCCAACAAAAUUCGAUCGAAAAGUUCAUCCCAAUCAACAUCCAACAAUUACGGUUCAUCCCUCUCACAGCCGUCUACUUCAGGUUUACAUUCACGUAAUGAACCUCACAAAACAUUUCAUUUAUCAUCCUCGUUAUCAUCAUCUGCCAAGAACGUACCAAGCAAAGAUCGACUUCGCGAUGAACGUAAAAAACCAUCGAAUGAGAAAAAGAAUUAUGAAAGAAUAAAUAUCGAAAAACAGCAAGAGAACCGGCGGUGCGCAACCAGUACAGAAAGGAGUAAACAAAAGCGAGUUCCAUCGGCUGAUCGACCAACAACUACCAAAUAUAUCCCAAUGUCGGAAUUGCCAUCGUCUUCGAAGAGCACCAAAACCAAAUCCACAAAAUCAACGUCUUCUAUUCCGCAAUUGUUUGCACCCGAAUUUCUGGUUAGCGAAAAGAAUGGCUCAAAAGUGGUGACUAAACUGGACCCCAGUCAAGUGGCUAAAUUCUUGCAUCGUUCCACAUCAAUUGGUGCACUGAGGAACACCAAAGACGAACAAGCCAGAGUGCUUAUCAAAAAGGAAUUAUCUGCAUCAUCCACAAUGUUAAAACCGAAAGUAUCGAACCAAGAAAGGAAACAUCGGGACUCCACUCGAAAGACAACGGCGAACAGUGAUCAGCAAUCAGUGGAGAAGAGAAAAUCUUCGAAAAAAGUCAACGAGGAACGAAAAAAACAACACUCUCCAUCGCCAUCGACAAGUAAACACAAAACUAAUUUUGUUUCCACUUCACCACCUCCAUUGUGUCGAAAUACAAAAUCACUCACUAAGGAGAAGAUCAAGAAACGUAAUGAAGUUCCGAAUGAGAAUCAUUUGAAAUCAGUAAGAUCAAACGCAACCGACCGGACACAGUCCAUAAGUGAUAAAAGAGACUCACUGUCCAAGCAAGUGGUACCACCUAUAUCGCAUCCAAAACUGAUGACACCUCUUCUGGCACCAAGAAAACCAAUCACCAUUUCAUCCGAUAUAGCAGUUAAGUCAGCGACUACUUUGGAAUUGAAGAAAAGUCACAAAACGUUAUCGAAAAUUGAUAGCACAAAAUCACAUCAAAUUCAAUCAAGAAGUGAAUCCGAUUCAGUGAUAGGUUGUAAAGAUCCACAGUCGUAUCAGAAUGAUAAGCCAUCAAUAGUGAAAGUGAUAACUGCUCCAUGGAAGGGUAAACGUGAAGGAAUAGCACCAUCCAGUGAAGUCCGCAACAAGCCAUCAGAUGAACCGAGGCAGAGAGGUUCCAUCGAUGUGAAACCAACUCAUAGUGGCGAAAGAAAGAUGAAGCGUGAGAAAAGUUCAUCGAAGAAAGAGUUCGAAAAGCAGAUGAAAGGUGAAAAUAUUGAAAUAUCAUCUAAAGAUAUCAACGAGCGAAAAUCAACUUCAUCGAAGGUUAGAACUACAGAUGCAUCUCCAGUUUCCAAACCAACAGAUCAGCAGAUGGACACCAGAGAAUGUCAUGAUAAAAGUGUUCGAGAAUCACUGAAACCUACCGAGCAAAAGCGGAGAGUCAUUCAGCAGGAAUUGCCGAUGGACACAAGUAGUGAAUCGUAUGAACAGUCGUCAGUAGUUGUGGAAUUAGUGGCUAAGAAAAUGAAUAAAAUUGACAUCAACGCGAAUGUAUGUGCGGUGAAAAGAGUCCGACGAACCAGUGACAAUAACGCUACGGCAGAGUUACGUGUACAAGAGCAUGAUAUUGAAGCAGAAUCGAGAAGUGCACCCGCAAGCGUUACACUUUCGAAAGAGAUUACAUCGACAAUUGAGAUGAGAAAUGGAAAAGAUGCAGAAAAGGAAGUAGCCAGUGAUGCCAUUGGUAGUGUUACUGUAACUACAAAUGAGCUGUUCCGUUCAGAGAAAACAUCUUUCAGUGAAGAAUUACGACGACUAGAUGCUCAGUUCAGUUCAUCUUCUGAUUCUGAAGAAGAUUUUGUAAGUACGAGGAAUACCUUCAUACCAUUCACCUCACAAAACACACCAGCAACCAUUGCUGAUCGCUCAUCAGAACAACAUCAAACGUCUACUUCACUCUUACCGCUGGCAUCUGAAUUUGCAUUUCAGUCAAUCGACGGUACGUUAUUAGCUGAUAUUUGUGAAACACUUGAUAACCCUGCCAAUAUCGCAACGCCACCAAUGUUAUGUGCCGAAUAUGAUGAGGAAGAAAGUGAUGCCCCUCUCAUGGAAUCAUCGCAUAAUUCUGUGCCUUCACCAUCUGAUCAACUUCAAACACAACGAAUGUCAGCUAGCGUCCCGACAAUGUCCUCUGCAGAAUCAAAUCCCCAACAAUUAUCUAGAAGUUUAGCCGCAACACCAAGAUAUUCACCGGUCACUCCACCAUCAGUAAGUACGGAGAACGUUGAAGAGGAUCCAUCAUCAGCACGUCCUGAAACGCCAGCACGUCCUGAAACGCCACCAUCAGUGGAGAUGAUUCUGAAAGCGGUCAACAGUUCAUGUCAAAUUGAUGAGAUGGAGUUGAAGAGAAUUAUUGACGGUUUCGAAGUGGACUACAAUCCCAUUCUCGCGAAUAUCAGUGUAAGUGACGUGAAUGAGGCAAUCCAACAAACCGUCGAAUCUGAUCACAACUUGAAUGGUACAAACAUACUGGAAUAUGAUAAUUUGUCAGAUGCGCUUCAAUCGAUGUUAAAUCCAGAAACGUACGUGACGAAUCUUUCACCCGAGGAAUACUGCGCUUCUUUUGAGCCGGGCACAAGCACAGACAAUGAACUCUCACCAGAUUCAUCAGAAGAAGGUAGAUCAUUUGCACAAUGCAGUGAAGCAUCACCAUCAACAGCAGUCACAUCUGCUGCAACGACACCAACACCAACAACAAGAAGCGAGCUUACACCGACAAAGUCAGCACCCAAUUUCAGUGUCUCACCUGCGCACUCACCUGCAACGCUACAAAAACUUCGGCAGAAAAGUAUGCGUUUCUCGAUGGAACAUGAUCACUCCUAUCUAACGCCAUCGACAUCUUCCCGACCGCCAGACGAUGUGUGUAAAACACCACAAAAGCACGAUCUGUCCUCACAGUUUCCAUCUAAUCCAAGUAGUCCAUUCCGUAUAACAACUUCACAGCCAUCAACGAGCAAUGCCACUGCAACCAGCAGUAAUCGAGCACAACUAUCCGAAUAUGAAGCAGCUUUAUUGAAAAUUGAUGAGAUUAUUGAGGAAUGCGAACGUGUCAGUAAAUCACAACAACUAUCUGAUUACGAAGCUGCGAUGCGAAAAUUAGAAGAAGUGGUUAAGGAAUGUGAAAAAGAGGAGAAAAAGGAAGAGAUGAGGAAAAUGAAAGAAGCUGAACAAACCAAAAUACGACAGCGCGAAGAAGAGGCUCGACGAAAAAUCGCCGAAGAACGAAACAGAGCUGCUGAACGUUGUCGACAACAAAAAAUUCGACAAACUUGUACAGAAGCUAUGAGCCAGUUAACAGAAACUUGCGCUGACGAUCUUUUGAGAAGUUCGUUGGAAAAUGCGGCUGCAGUGGAAGUGACCGAAAGAAGAACGAAUCAGCUGACCGAUGAAUGUGUGAUUGAGGUAUCCAAUCGUUGUAUUGAUGAUACAUUAAAAACAUCACUUGAAGUAGAGGCUCAACAAUGUAUUGCAACAAAAAUUACUCAAGAGGUCAUAAAUGAAUCGAUUGAGAAUAUUAUCAAUACAACUUUAGCUUUGGAACUGGAUCGACUGCACAAAAUCCGGGUGCUUCUACUAAACUCUGUUUCUGAGAUAUGCACAAAUACCGUCCAACAUGUACUCUCAUCAGCUGUAGCAAAAGAAGCCGAAGAAAGCGUCCGCAGAAUCGUUUGUGAAAAGUCGACAGUCUCAGUGGUAGAUGAAUGUAGCAAAGAAAUUCUGCAAAUGACAUUUGAGCAAGAAUGUAAACGUCAAAUAGACGAAAAUAAUCUGAAGGCAAGUUGUGUAGCAACAGUCAGCUCAGAAUCUGUUGAAGACUUAGUGUCGAUAGUACUCAAUUCUGAGAUUCGAAGGCAUGAACUCGAAGAAGCGCUAACUGGUAAAGCUACAGCUCGUGUGACUCAAGAUUGUUCAUCAAAUGCACUCGAUGUUUUGCUCAAUAGUGCAAUUAAUCGCCACAAUAAACAAGAAGCAAUGAAAGACCGAGCCUUUUUGAUGAUUUCCAACGACUGCAUUGAUGAAAUUAUCCAAACGGUGCUUUCAAACGAAAUUCAGCAUUCUCGCAAACAGUUUCUAAAACGAAGUGCAACAAAGACGAUCACUGAGUCAUGUGCUAAUAAUAUGAUCUCAUCAUCACUCAAAAACGAACUUCAACGAUAUUGCCGGAUUGAAGCGAUGAAACAGCAAUGUACUGCAACGGUUGCUGAGGCUUGCACUAGUAGCAUAGUGUCCACCACGCUUGUUGGAGAAAUCGACCGGUAUCGUAAGCAGGAAAUGAUGCGAUACAACGCUGUAACAACUUUGACAGAUUCUUGUACGACGAAUCUCAUGAAAAGUAUACUAGCUGAAGAGAUUGAACGACAUCGGAAAUCUGAGAGACUGAAGAAGAACGCUUCUGAAGUUGUAACGGAACAAUGUGCGAAUGAGCUGGUAUGUAGCGUGACAGAAUCUGAAGCAAUCACAUGCAUACGAACCAAAAAACUCGUUGAUAAUGCAUCUGAAACAAUAGCCGAUUAUUGUACGCAGAAGAUAUUGAACAACAUAUUCAAGAAUGAAACUGAGAGAAUCAUGCAAUUGUUAGCUGAACAAACACAGUACAAAGCAUUCGAAGUGGUUGUGAAGACAUCGGUUGAUGACAUUCUUGCUUCAGCUCUUGAAGAUGAACUUUUGGUUGCGAUUAACAACGCUGAGAGAAAACUGAAAAGACGAUCCACUGACAAAGUGCUCAAUGAAUGUGUGGAUCGACUAAUGAAUUCAACGUUGGGUAAGGCAAUUCAAGAGAUGUUUCGGAACUACAGCAAAAAAAUGACCGCGAUCGCACAGUCAAAAGUGGUUGAGAGUUGUACGGAUGAGUUGUCACGUACUGUAUGGAGCAAUGUUGUAUGUGAGCUAUUGGCCGAAACGUCGAAACGAAUGCAAUCGAAAGCAAUCGAACAAAUCACCGAACAAUGCAUUGACGCAAUAUUCGAGUCGACCAAAAGAAAGGAAGUUCGUCGCACUGAACGUAGAGCGAUUUGUCGUAUGGCCAUCAGAAAACUUGUCGAUACGAUUGUUCGCGAAGAAACUGAAGAGAAUGAACGGGUUGAAGCAGCCAGUGAUAUAUUACACUCGAUUGAGGAGCGAAUAUCUUACGAUGAAACAUGCGAACAAGCUGAUAGUCUUAUAAAGAAACUAAGAGAAAGAAAUGUUGCUGAUGUUUGUGCACAAUUACUCGGCGAUAUAUUAGAUGAAACAGAGGAUGAGGAAGUUGAAGAAGUUGUUGAGAAGAUAUUCGAAGAAGAAUUAUCCACCAUACUCGGAGCAUAUCAACAAGGAACUUCAAAAUCGUUUUGUAACAUCGGAAUGAACCACUCAAUAGAUGGUUCAAAGAAAGUGACUGAUCUUUUGGAAAUGAAACGUUCGCUUGAGAGUGAAAAAGAAUUAUAUCAAAUUGAGGAAAUGAAAGUUGAAUGCAACAAGCGAAUAGUGGAAGUGGAGGAAUACUUGAAGAAAUUCGAUGAAUUUUAUCGAAAUGAUUGUCAGUUGAUGAAUGAAGUGGAAAAGGAACGAAAGGAUUACCUAUUCAUGGAAUUCAUGACCGAAUCGACAUCGGUUAACGAAACUGAACGAAUUGUGGCCGAAUCAAAAAGUCGAAUUGAAGCUCUUUGGACGCAUCGAGAAGUGCGUUUGGAUGAUGUGAAAAAUUUGAUCCAGCAACUCGAUCAUGAAUUAAACAUUUCGAAAGAGUCACAAAAAUCGGCGAUUACCGAGCUCGGCAAAAUGAGUAGAUUGGGACAGUCGAAGAAAAAUCAACUUCAGGUACAAGUUAAUAAAGAAAGACGUGAGAGACAACUUGCGAUUGGUGAAUCAUGUAAUGAAAUCGAAUCGAACGUCAGCAAUUUCCAAAAUCUAAUGCAUGCGCGUGAAAAGACCGAGAAGAGUGUAGCCUUAUUGGCUCAAACAAUUCAAGAAACGUGGAGUAAUUUAAAGGCAUUUUUAUCGUCGAAACAAAAGCGAAAACAGGUUGUUGGCUCCUUGGAAACACAGCAUUUAAUUGAAGCUAAAACAACCAAUAAAUUUAUACGGAAAUUACAACGUUUCAUCGACGAUUUGGAACGUAAAAAAGAGGUGAAUGAUGUGGUCGAAUAUUUACUGAAUUCAGUUAUAUAUGCAGAACAUGAAGAAAUUGAACGUCAGAGUGAUAUUCUUCAUACAGUUUCAACACUGUUGUCGACUGCCUCUUACAAUUGUGCAUGUGAACAAGCGAAUGAUUUAUUACUGAAAAUCGAUAAAUAUCAACUGAAUCAUAUUACGGAAUCGUGUUGUUCAAAUAUAUUCGACGAUGUGAUCGAUUCGUCAUUUCAGUCAAUUGCUUCAGAUUCGUUCAAUAAAGCAAUCGUAGAGCAUGUCAUCAAAACCGAUUAUAAUUCGAAAAUUGAAAUUCGUUUACCGAACAUAGGCGUCAUGAACCAAGAGGAAUGGCAAUUGAUGGGAUUGUAUGCGAGUUUGAACGAGGGGAAUCUGGCACAGGCUGAAGAAGAUUCGCAAAAACUCCAGAAGAGAAUGGAAUCUCGUGAAGCCGAGGUUGACGCGUUUGCCGAAUCGUUCGAUCGGAUAACACAAAAUGAUAUGAAAACAUUGGAAAAUGUUGAAGAGAAACGCAAGGCGAUCGAUACGCUAAACAAGAAACUGGGUGAGGCAUCAAACGUUCGAGAAAUUGAAGAAUUCCUUCAUCAGCUGAAUAGCCGACUUCCAACGAUAUUGGACAUGAAUGAUGGUUCGCUCUCAAUUGACAAAAUUCUGAAACAAAUUUCAUCAAUUGAAAACGAACUAGCAAGUGUUAAACAUUACGAAAUAGCGUUAACCGAUGAACUCAAGAUGUUGCCGACAUGUGGUCGAAUCGAACAAAAACAAUAUAAGAGGGAGAUCGAUGAGGAUCGUCGACUGCGGAGAGCAUCGAUUGGAAGUGUUGAGAUGAAUCUUUCGAAUUUAGCAUCACAACUGAACAAACGUAUCGCAUCGCUCCAUCGUAAGGAACGCCGUUUACAAGAUACCAUCUCGGAGUAUUCACCUGGUCCAAGUUCGAGACAUCGGCUUCCUCACGCACGAUCCACCAGCUCAAUUCAACAACAGCCGCAAGCAUCAACAUCAGAUGAUCGUGCGCAUACAAGUGAUGUCGAAAAAUUGGAUUCAUUCAUUGAAGAUAUUAAAGAAUUCGUUGAGUAUCGACAGCGAAUGAACGUUAUACACGACUUACUCGGUGAUUUGAUCAAUUACAUUUCAUAUGAUCUAACAUGUUAUCAAGCACAAACAAUCAUCAAUACCAUGCAACAGAAUGAUAUCAAACGAUUAACGAAUCAGCUGUCACAAGAUAUCCUUGACGAUGUGCAUGAUGAUCAGGUGCAACAAAUCGCUGAUAAGGCUAUUCGAACAGCCAUUCAGAGUGCUUUCAUCGUAAAUUCAGAAUUGAAAUCACCAUCGGAAGGCAGCGGCACACAAGAAGAACGGUGUUCUUUCGGAUGGAAUAACGCCGAAGUAAUUUGCAAAGAAGUCGCUCGUGAACGGUCCAUAUGGUUUCGAGAGGUUGGAGCGUAUUAUGAACGACUUAAUCAAUUGACUGAAGCUGACCGGAAGUUGUUGAUAAAGACUGAAAAUGAGUGCAGAAAACGUUUAGUAAAGAUUCGAAGCUAUGAUAAUGUAACAAUGAUGAAACAAGUGGAUAGCAUACUCAAAUCUAAGGGAGCUAAAGUGGAGAAAUACGUAUCAUGUGUUCAAACAACACCAAUUUUUGAAUUUGAUUACUGUGCUCUUCAGCAGGAGCUUGAUCGCUAUGUACAGGAAAAUAUUGCUAAAGAACAUGAUUUGAUCAGUCAAGAGCAGUCGAUAGAACGUAUCAGAAAUGAAUUCAACGAGGUUUUGAUAGAAGAGCAGAAAAACCGGAGUGAAUUCCUGCUGGCUGUUUCUUCGACGUUCGAUGGUAUCAUAGAAGUAAUCCAACGAGGUCUAUUACAAUUCCAAGCCAAAUCUUCAGAUGUGAAUGAUAUAAUCCAUAGGUGUGAUAACAUAUCACCUCUUUCAACCGCUCCAAUUAGUUGCUCUGUUAAAGAUGAUAUUGCCUUAGCGUUAUCAGUUGUAAUUGAUGCGGUGGAAUGCGAAGAAAUGAACGAUUUCAUCGAUGAGCUUACUUCAUUUGUUGAGCGAGUUAAACGCGAACAACUGAGUCGUCCAAGAAGUGUGCUCGAAACGGCUGUUCGGGAUGUUAUUGAUUCAGUUUGUCUAGCCGUCGAGGCAUCAUUUUGGCAAAUUGAACCGAAUUUGCAAGAUCGUAUGAUUCGUUGGGGACCGCCAUUCCACUACGAAAAAUUCACGCAACUGUUAGAAGCUGGUUUGUUAUCAGCGGAACCAUCGUUUGACUUUCUGGCUGCAGAAGAAGAAAUUGGAAAUGUGGAUUUUCCACAAUUGCGGACCCCGCUACCCAUUUCAACCUACUGUACACCAAUUCCAAUACAACUCGAUUUCUUCGAUGAACCACCGGAGAAUUUCUUGGAAUUUGAUGAUGAACCAUCGGAGGACGGUGAUGAGCAGAUUACUCACUCGAUUACUGCUAAACAAAAUGUCAUACCAAAUAUACUCGAAUUAAGUGUUGAUAUGAGUGACGAAAAGAAAAAGCCAUCAAGAAAAAGCUAUCGCUCUGUGUCAUUGUCUCAUUCGCAUGAUGAUGCUGAUUCACAAGAGAUAUCACCAACGAAAAAACGUUCAUCAAGUGCACCAGCGAAAGUUUUGCGGCUUGAAGAUAUUGUUCCUACUGAUCAGUCGUGUCGCUAUGCUCCGUCAAAUGUUGAUCUGACCUCGGGAAUACCGUCUACAAUCGCUCGACCCGUUCCAAUUGCCGCUCCUCCAACCAGAUCCGCUCGUCUUUCUGAACUACCAAUAAUGUCUUCGGCAUCUUCGUCAAAUCUUCUGAUCGGUAAAAGCUCCGCUUUCACACCUUUCCAUCGUCAACUUGCACAAUCCGAAAGUGAUGUUGAAAACAAUCCGUAUCGAGAGACGAUUCUGGAUGCAAAUCUCUUAUCACUAUUGUUAACGCAAAUAUCGCCUUCAUUACAACAGAAUUCAUCAUUGAAUGUUGUUGAUGAACCUCCUCCAGCAGAUCCAAGACCAGCUAAACGAAUCACGCCAUCUUUAUUACCAACUUCAACUAUCAAUCGCAACGUACGAAUUCAACAAGAACAACAGAGAUCUUUGUUAGAUAAUUCAUUUCCAAAUGUGAACAGUGAGAAGCGCCUCCAUGUGAGCAGUGGAAGUGAAAAAUUGUUGAAUGAUAAAAGGAAUACAUAUGAGGAGAAUUUGAGAGCUUUUGAGAGGUCACUCACUCAUAAACGAAAGCGUGUUUCGUUCGAAGAAACCGAAAAAGAUGAUGAAACAAAGCAAGACGAAAUUGAAUACUUGCGUACCAUAAUGAAGACCAACUUAAGUAUGCAGCAGUAUCCUGGCCUUCGUCGAAUGAAGAAGGUUGAAAGUACACUGAAUAUGGCAAGUCUUUGUACACAUCAUGGAAAUCAUUCAUUGACAUCCUUAUCGUAUGCAAAUUUCGAUGAGGAAACAGAACAGUCGUCAUCUUUGAAGAAAGCAUCAUCAUCAGCUGUGAACAGCACUGGUACCACCCAACUGUUACCGUCCAUCUACGAUAAUCUGUCGGAUCCGAGUAAACGCUUCGCAUGUGAACUACUUUACGGUGGAUUCAAACGAUUCUCAGAUGAAAAUGCCGAAACAAUGUCGCGUAAAGGUAUAAUCUAUCAACGACUGUGGUGUGCUGUGUUGGUAACAAAUCCAUUCGCAACAUGGAUUAAGAACAAUGAACGUAUCACAAUUGCGCAACGUGCUCAAAUCCUUACGUACUGCCGUCGUGGUACAAAAUUGUUCACUGCUUAUGCGAAAUUCGCUCGCUAUAUGGCUGAAAAUGUCCACAUCAUUAAGCCAGUUCUAUCGGUAACCAAUAUUCCGUUUUGUUUCGAUCGAUUGCCGUUUGCAUUCGCACGGAUAUUCGACUGUAUCUUCAACGAAAUUCGUGCGCAAAUGGAAAAGCAUCAAGUAACUCAACAGAAUCCUCAAAAUCACCUUGACAAGAUAAAGUUGUCGAGUUCAGAAUCACAACCACAACAAACAUCAAUGUUGCCUUCAUUCUCAGAUGCGUUCAAAAAUAAAGCACCACUCUAUUACGCCUCCUCGAAUACCUGCGAUCCAUCGUUACCAGACAAUCUAUUCGCCAACUAUUCUGAACUGCAAUCUAAGACACGAACGCAGCCACAAUUACCUGGAAAUUUGUUCUGCAACAGUUCAGAAUUACAAUCUCAAGAGCAAAACCCGCAACAGUUUACUGCCGGUUCCAAUACAAUUGGUUCAGCGCUGUUCGCGAAAGCAUCAGAACUAAAUGAACCGACGCCAGCGCCUGAGAAUCUAAUUAGCGUACCAUCAGAUACAGUGUCACUCACAAGUGCUCCAAUAAAUGAACAACAAACUGCCAGUGUAUCAUCAAAACAAACUGGUAAAACGCAACGAAAACCUCGAGGUCCCUCGAAACGAAGGAAACCUACAGAAAGCGCUCUUAAUGAUGACUCUCAGCAGCCUUCUACAUCUGCUCAACAACUAGAUGCCGUGGUUCCUGAGAAAUCCAAGAAAAAGGGCACAAAACGAAGCUCGUUGACGAAACCAAUUCGAAAGGCAAAACAGCUGCUGACAGGCUUGUUAAAUAUCGACUCAGAAGUUGAGUCAGAUGGAGAAGAAAAAGAACGAAAUGCACGAGUCAUAGUACCAACAACCUCUUCGAAUCCAUCGAUUACAUCUGGUGUCGUUAAGAAGAGAGGUCGACCGAGGUUGGUCAAGAAAUCAACUGAUGAUGUCUCUGAACAGCAACGACAGCCACAAAGGGAAUCAAUGGAAUCAUCAAUUAAAUCCUCAACAAAUCAGAUAGGAACUAAGUCAAAACGACAAGCUUCUGCUGCCACGCGUGGUCGUAGGAGACGUCAUAAAUCGACCUCUUCCGAAAGCUCAAAAAUAUCCGAGACGAAGCCAACUCAAAAAAAGCGAAGCUGUACCAUUGAAUCAAAAAUGCGAACUCCAGAACCCGAAAUGAGCCGAGAAGAACUCGUGGUGAAAGCCGUGGAGAGAAUAAUCGCAUUGGAGUAUGGUCGACAAUGUGUUCCGUUCGCGGUACUGAUGAUCAUUAUGGAGGAAGUGAUCAGUGCUGAUCAGAAAGGUUCAAAUCGCUUCAAUUUUGUUUCAAAACGAUUCGGCGACGAUCUCAGAUCGUUUACACUCAAUCCACAACUGUUGUCGAGUUUAGAGGGCGCGAACAGUGAAUCUUGGAUGCCGAAAUUAUUCCAGAAAGAUCACAAAAAGAAAGUAAAAAUCGAUGAAUGCGCAAUGAUCGAAUUAUUGGAUGCAUUGCUGAGGAGAGCGAUUCGAAUUGCGAUUUCGGAUAAAGAGAAAGAGUUUUGCCGUAAGAACAAAAUGGAAGAACUGGAAUUUCACGUUUACAAGUUUAACGUUUGGUUGGAGAAUGAGAACGUUCGACGAAAGAACAAGAAACGAAAGCAGGUGACACUCGUCGACGAUCCGGCAAUGAAAAGCGUUAUGGCCAUAUUACGUGAGGUCAACUUCCUCACAGAUAUCUAA